UUCUUUUCCAUUGUUUCUGAGGAAUACGGGGACAUGAAUGGUUGUUGAUGACAGACUAUUACCGUACCAGUGACAAUGACUUCGCAUCCGAAGCAAAGAUCCAAAGAAAUCUUCUAAAGGAGCGAGAAAGAGGUGCUCACAAAACAAAACGCUCCAAAAGCGCAAAGCAAAGCAACACAAACAGCCAAAUCAAAAUCCAAUCUCCAAUCUCCCGUUGUGAACCACACCCAACAUGCGCUUUACUACUCUCCUUUUUGAUGCCAUUGUUGCCGUGAUCCCACUUCUUGCCAUGGCAGCCCCCGGAAGCCUUCGUGGUCCCACUGCUGCUGCUGUACUGGAUGCCCAGUCGGUGCCUCUGGGCGGGCGGCGCCGCUUGAACUGCACCGGCAAGAACCGAAACACACAAAGAUGCAAAGACACGGAGGAGGAAGAGGAACAACGAGAGGAUGACGAAGACGACAAAGCAGACGAUGGAGACUCUAGGGAUCAUUCCAGGAGUUCCGGUGGCACCCACAAAAAGAGGAGGGACGAUGGACGCGACAGGAAGAGAAGACGCAGUGGCGAUCAUGACAAUCGUGAGAGAAAGAGGAGGAGGAGGCGCAGUGAUGACGAGGAUCACGAGCCAAGGCAGGAAACGAAGAAAAAGAAAACAAAUGCGGACCCUGCCAAAGUGGUGGACAACGGAGGCGGCAUGAGCCCAGCACAGGUACAAAAGCAGGUUCAAAAAGCACUCAAGAAGGAAAAGAAAAAGGAGGAAGCCAAGAAGAAGAAGGUCAAUGCGAUCAAAGAAGAGCUCGGCAAAGCAAUCGAGAAGAAGGUGGAGGAGACUGUCGAGAAGCAGGUGGACGAAAAAGUCAAGGAAGCCUUGCAGAAUCUUAGCGACAACAGCAUGGCCAUGGAUAUGGACCUUGACUCGGUCAUCAGUGAAAUGGGCAAUGAUCGAGGUCGUGAUACGACCGACAGCACCAAGAGCAAGAUCCGCGACAAGGAUGAAGUCUCCCCUGAAAAAGACCAGGCUCCUAGCUCCAACGACCUCCAAGGACAAAAAACAAAAGUUGAAAGCGAAGACAGCACGACCCCAGCACAGAAUAAGGAUCCCAAUGACACGGUCGACAAGACUCGGGACAACACCCAGGACAAGGAGCAAGUCUCCCCUGAAAAAGACCUGACUCCUAGCUCCAAUGGCAACACGCCGGAUGAGGACCAAACACUCGCGGACGGAAGCAUUGCCAUGGAUACCGACCUUGACUCGAUCAUCAAUGAAAUGGAAAAUGACGUUAGUAGCCCCUGACUAAGCCUUGACAAAUUGAGAGUUCCCAGCUUAUAAAAAAGCAUGUUACAGGUUGCCGUAGGAACAUAUUAUAUGUCUUUACAAUCAAUCCUUCUGGUUGGUGAUACAACCAAUCAAACAUGCUGGCACGGGUGGCGAGACAAUCAAUCGUACAUCAAACAAUCUUUUAAUAAUAAAAGCGAUAUUCAGCUUCUAAAAUCCACCAACAGAUGACGGGCAGCCAGCAGG